UUCAUUUAACACACAGAUAAAGAUCCUGAGUGAUCGCUUGAGGGGAAAGAUGAUGUUUCGCUUUGCAUGGUGAUGUAAUGGCGCGUUUUUUGCUGAUCUGAUUUCAGUGUCGCUCCAGUUUCAAGCCGAUGGAAAUCGUGGAGGACAGAUUUUGUGCCCCCAUCACAACGCAUGCGAUGCCUCUGUGCACCAUUAGUGGUGGAGACAUAUUCGACUAUAUACAAAGAGGGGAUGUCGAACAGUGCAUACUUUUCGUUCAAAAUGAUCGAACGAUCCUCAGGGACAAAGGCUGGGGUGGAUUCAGUCCUCUUCAUUAUGCUGCUCUCCAUGGGAACCGCUCCCUUGUAGACUUCUUCCUCAGUUCUGGUGCAGACCCUAACAUGACGUGUGAUUCAGGGCAGACAGCUUUUCACUUUGCCUGCAGGCAGGGAAACAUCUAUAUCAUGCAUAAAAUGAUGCAGUAUGGUGCAGACUUGCGGCUUGUGGACUUGCAGGGGAAAACAUCCAUGCAUCAUGCAGUUACCGGGGGCAACAUAGUCGCUGUGCACUAUCUAUGGGAGACAGGAGUCUUCCGAUUCUCUGACGCAGACAUGUACAAGGUGACGCCUCUGCAUCUCGCUGCAUCCACCGGCAACAUUGACAUGAUUCGCUAUUUGCUCAAAGACCAGCGGUGUGUUGUGAACGCAGUUGACCAGCAGGGAGCGACAGCGCUCCAUGUUGCUGCAGAGAGGGGUGGAGUAGAAGUGUGCUGGGCUCUGCUGCAGAAGACUGGCUGCAUAGUGCUUCAUCAGAAGAACUACAGCGGCCUCACACCACUGGAUCUCUGCAAGCAGGGAAAGACUUUCAGGCAUCAGCAACUCAGCAAACUUUUAAAGGAGUACAUAAAUGAGCCAAUACAUCACAAGCCCAGAGAGUCUCAUGUUCUGUACUAUUGGACCCUGUUUUUUCCAUCUCUAAGUGGAGCUGCCAUCCUGCUCAUAGCAGCCAUGUUUGGGGGCUACGGAGGCCUCGUUUGUGCGUUCCUCUUCCCAUGGCUGGCUAGAAGCAUUUUCACCCAGUACUACCGCAUGAUCACAUACCAGAGGCUAGUUAAUCCGAUAUACUUGGGGACGCUGUUGGCUGGCAUCGUCCAUUCCCUGCUGUGCUUCUAUGGAAAAAUGAUGCCUAGUGUGUGGCCCAUAAGCACUUUGGCUCAGGUGUCCUUGUUCCACUUCCUCAUACUAGCCAGUCUCUUCUACAAGGUUCUGACUCAAGAUCCCGGGGUUUUAGACAGAGCAGAUGCAGAUCCUCGCUUCUCCUGCAUUGCUGACCUGGUUGAAAACAACCAGAGCCCUCACAAGUUCUGUCCAUACUGUGAGCUGUUCCAGCCUGACUAUACAAAACACUGUAAGCUGUGUGAAGUGUGCAUUAAAGACUACGAUCACCACUGCCUUUUCCUCAACCGCUGCAUCGGUCAGGGUAACCACAGACUCUUCCUCAUCUUCGUCCUCUCCAUGGUUACCGCCCACCUUCUUUUUAUUGCUUCGGGAGCGAGUUACCUGUAUGGCAGCUCGUCCGAGUCUAAUCCCAGCUUCUCACUGUGGCUCACGUUAGGGGAGGAGUUCUGGGUUGUGGCUCUGAUUAUUAUGAAUGCACUGACGCUCCUGUGGGAGGUGUGGCUUCUGACAGAGCAGUUUGAUGCCAUCGCCGCCAGAACGACCACCUACUUCAGACACAGUGAGGGCAUUGCACAGCAGAGGUCACUGGGACAGCGGCUGGCGGUUGUAGCAGCCUUUCUCCUGGAGGGUCGUAGAUCUGUGGGGGGUGGACAAAUUACAGAAGACAAAACCGCCAUAGAUAUUUAACACUGCCAGUUUGGCCCAUAUAAAGCUGUCCUGUUGACCUUAGUACUGUUUCUCAUGUGCAGAUUUAAAGCCUCGGAUUGUUCAAACACUGUACUGACAAUGUUUCCCUCGUUCCAGUGCCAUUUAAUAUUUUUAACAUAGAAUUUCCUAAUAGCAGCUGAAUCUGUCAUACUGAGUAAAAAUGGUGGUAUGAAUGGACCAGAAAUAGACACCAGUAAAAUUAAUUACUAAGCAAAAUUUAACUGAAUUCAUGCAUGACUCAAAAUAUGAAAGCAAAAAAGUAAUAAGGAAAUCCAGAAGGAACCAGACUACCAAACUGAAACCUAGAUUCUUCUAAUCAUUGCAGCUCAACUCAUUAUGCAGUGCAUCAAAGUUUUGAAACAAUAAAUCCGCAAUAAACAUGAAAGUCUGGAUACAUCUGGGCAAAAUGGAUAGACAAUAAAAAAUGUAUAUGCAGAAUUAUUUUUUUUUUAUUUUAUUACCAAAAAAUGUUUUCCACUCAUCAUUCAUCCAUUUGAAAACAUUCUUCCUUACUUGACUUUUGUUUUUGUUCAUUUAUUAUUUGUUCAUAACAUUUUCCUGUGUUCCUUCCUUCAUUAUCACCAUUUUUUUUUAGCUUUUUCUUCUGUAUUUCUUCUUUGUUCUUUCAUUCCUUUGUUCUUUCUUCCUUUUUCCAUCCCCAUUUUGUUAAAGCCCUUUCUUCCUUCUUUCUCUAUGUAGAUGAAGAGGGUCCAUUAUGCAGGGUCCAUAUUUUCAUGAUGACCAUUGUGGAACCAUCUGCCAUAUAAUCAUGGAAAGUUUUGUAUUUAUACUUUUAAAAGUAAGCUAAGCAGAACAAAUAUCUCUGGAAAAGUGUGUUUGGAAAGUAUUGCAUUUUUUUGAAAAAAAAGUAGAUUUACCAGCUGACAUGCUGAUUGUGGUUUACCAAAUAACUAUAACUAAACAUUUUUGGUGGCAUUGUUUACAGCUGCUUUUAAUGUAAUUUUUUUUCUUCAUUAAUUUUUCUUUAAAGAAGGUUUUUAUAUGCAACACUGUUGGGUAAACUCCAGCCCAAGAUGCACUAAGAGACUUGUUUCUAAUUUCAUCUGCUUCAAGACUUUUCUACCCUCACAUUUCUUUUGCUCUGGCUAAUGGAACGUGCUUUUUUCAUGCCUUGAAUUAAACACUCAUUUCCUACAUGUCUCACAGGACCAUAUUUCCAGAUUAUAGAUGAUAGUCCUGACACCCCUCAGAGACUGGUGUGUCUGGACUGUGUGAGUGGCUACGUCCCAUACACUGAUUUAGUGUCUGCUGUACUGCCUCUCAUUCAUAUGAAAUGAUGAAGCUGGGCACAUUUAAGACUGUGAAACCAAGUGCUUUUUAUAGUAUUUCUCUGUUCAUGAAUAUAGUACUUUGUCAAAGUAUUCAUAUAACUUGAAUGUUUUUUUUCCACAUUUUGUCAAAUUACAGUGACAAACUAGAUUUUUUUUAUGGAGAUUUUAUGUGAUAGAACAACACAAACUGUACAUUAGAAAGUAUAGGGUUUUUUCUGUUACUUUUGUGUGGUGUGCAUUUUUAUUCAACCACCUAAAUCUAUAUUUUGUAUAUUAAUUUUUCACCUAUAAUUGCAUCUUCAAGUCUUUUGGUACAUGUAUAGCUUUGCCUUUUUAGAGCCUGAUAUUUUUGCCCUUUUAAAAAAAUGGCUCAUUCAAAUUGGAUGGACAUGUCAUCUGUGAGCAGUAACCUUCAUACUAUAUCUCAGAUCUUUAGUUGGAUUUACUUCCAGAUUUUGAGUGGGCACCUACAACACACUUAGCAUCUUAGAUGUAUGUGAACAGCUACCACCUUUUGUAAGUGUUUUGCACCCUGUAAGAGAUUUUCUUCCUGGGUUGCCCAGUAAGACGCUCCACCAAUCUUCCCAUCAAUUUUUGACCAACUUACUUUUUCUCUGUGAAAAAAAUCAUUACCACAGCAUGAUGCUGCAACUACCAUGUUUUAUGAUGGUGACAUGAACUAUCCCUGUCUCAGUGUGUUCCUGGGUCUUCAGGAGGAACACACUGCCGUACUUUUCAGAAGUUUGUCUGCAAAAUAUUUUGAAAAUGUAGAAUUAUUCAACUUCAUAUUUGUGCACUACAUUGUGUGUCUGUUACAUAAAAUGUAAUCAAAGUAGAGGUUUGUAGUUGUAACAUGACAAAAUGUAAAAGUUUUAGUUGUAUGAAUACAUUUGCAAGCCGUUGACAGUGCUAUUAUGUAUUUUCUCAUUUCAAUGUUGUGCCUCCUGUGUUUUUCCUAAAUGACUGUUUUAUUUAUGGUGAUGUUUUUUUAUGUGAUAGAAAUCAUGUUUAUUAAAAUGCAUUGCUUUUAAAAUACA